AUGGUCACCCCCGAGCUCAAGAGCAGACUGGACGAUCUGCCUCUAGAGAUCUUGCAGAUGAUUCUCGCAGAUCUGGAUCUGGAGUCCGUCAAGAACCUCCGCCUGACCACCCGCACGCUCGCCGAGAGAUGCGCGGGACCCCGGUUCCAGCUCAUUCAACCCGUGCUCGAUUUCUCGCGGCCGAACCUGCGCGCUCUGCACGCCUUGGCGUGCGACCCGGCUAUCAGCCCAAAGGUCCAUUCCCUGACCUUCCUGGCCACUUCCCCGGAUACGCGGGAGUUGGAGAACAACGUCGAAGAUGGAUGUUACGAAGUGGUGGAAUGGAGGGGGCCCAUGUUCCAAAAGUUUAACCGACGUUAUAAACCCGAGGAACUGGAACAGGCUAAGUCUGAUCUGCUUUGGCUCAGGCAACAGCAAGAAGCAAGAACCCAGGAGCCGCCCAGCGAGAUGAUCGAGCUCUUGCAGCUCGCAUUGAAGGGGUUCAGCGCGCUGGAAUCGAUCCGCUUCGAUGGCGGGGUCAUCCGCGGACGGGCAAAGAGAGAGUCCCCGGGGUAUAAGGAGUGGCAGCCGGUCUGGGCGCGAGCUUCGCACGUUCUCUCAAGCGUGCUGACCGCGAUGGUGCAGAGUGGGGUCUCGGUGAAACGUCUCGAUGUUUACCGCAACACGAGCCGAUGCUGUAUUCAGGUUGAUGAGCUCGCCGCACUCGCGGCGGGGUUUAGCCCGUCCCAGCUGGAGGUACUCGGCAAGGGUCUGGAAUCACUCCAGCUGAGCAUGUCCGGGAUGUUAAAGGAUGCCCAUGUCAAAGAAAUGGAGAAUGAAGAAGAUGAUGAUGAGGAGGAGGAGGAGGAGGAGGAGGAGGAGGGCGAAAACAAUGACAAAUCAAAUGACGAGGAAAAGACCCCUCCCGUGAUAAAGGAUGAAGUACUAGACAUUACGGCCCUCUUCCUCAGAUCUGCCCCGGCUCUUCGCGAGUUGGACUUGACGUUCCGGCGAUCCGGCUCCAAAGAGAAGGACUAUUAUUGCUAUGACUGGGUUAUCGACAGAAUUGCCCAUGAAACCCAAUUUCUGAUGUUGGAAAAAUGUUCGUGCUCCGGGUUGGCGGCUAAGGGGGGGUCACUGCUGCUCUUCCUCCAAAAGCAUCCUACACUCCGCUCCUUGACUCUGCGGGAAUGCUUCUUGACUUCUGGGUCCUGGACCCCGAUCUUGACUCAUCUACAGUCGCUGCCCAGGCUUGAGACUCUCAGCCUCUCGAAUCUGUUUGGCAAGCACAUGCAGAACCGGAAGUAUGAACAACGACGGCGUCGUCCUUCUUCGCCAUCGCUUUCCUCGAUGUCCAAGACAAAGAAUGAGCCCGAUGACGAGCUGGAGGAGGGCGACGGGAUGGUGGUUCUGCUGCCAGUUUGGAAUGUCCCUUCCAAAGACCGUUGGGCCGGCUGGUUUACCGAGUACCCCCAUUCCAAUGGGAGAGCGGUGCACACCAGGGACUUCACUCGCGAGGAACUGGCCAAGGGACUGGUAUUUCAGCCGCUAGCCAAAGGGCCAGGAUGCGCGAUCGGCUCUGCCCAGGCCAUGAAUUGGAGGAAUAGUCGGCGAGAGCUUUAUGCGCCGCUUGUAUAG